CUCUAGACUCAACCCGCCCCAGAGCACAGCUUCGCCGAGCCCACCUGGUCCCCAUCCCGGCCUUGGCAAUGACCCUGGCGGCUUCCUCCCAGCGUUCCCAAAUCAUUCGCUCCAAGUUCCGAUCUGUCCUCCAGCUUCGGAUCCACAGACGGAAUCAGGAGCAGAUCUCGGAUCCGGACCCGUGGAUCUCAGCCUCAGGCCCUCCUCUGGCCCCGGCCUUGCCCUCGGGCACGGCCCCUUUCCUCUUCAGCCCUGGGGUCCUGCUCCCCGAGCCAGAAUAUUGUCCUCCUUGGAGGUCCCCAAAGAAGGCGUCUCCCAAGAUCUCCCAACGUUGGAGGGAGUCCAAGCCCAGGGGGACCUUGACAUACCACCAGUACAUGCCCCCAGAGCCGAGACAGGGAUCCAGGGCAGACCCCCAAGCCGAGGGGUCCGCCCUGGGUCCUCCUGGGCCACCUCUGUGGGAAGAGACAGACUCGCAGCAGCCACAUCCUAGGAUGAAGCCCUCUCCCCUCACUCCCUGCCCACCAGGAGUCCCUAGCUCCUCGCCCCCUCCACACAAGUUGGAACUUCAGACCCUUAAACUGGAGGAGCUGACGGUCUCAGAGCUCCGGCAGCAGCUGCGCCUGCGGGGCCUCCCAGUGUCGGGGACCAAGUCUAUGCUCCUGGAGCGCAUGCGCGGCGGCGCCCCGCCCCGCGAGCGGCCGAAGCCGCGGCGCGAGGACAGUCCCGCGGGUGCUCCCUGGCCGCGCCUCAGACCCAAGGCCCUGGCAGCCGCCCGGCGUCAGGGCUCGGUCAAGCCCAGCGCAGCACCUCACAGGCCACCUCUUCCACGUGCCGCGGAUACCCCGGGGACGGCUCCGGCUCCAACUCCCACUCCGGCUCCUGUUGCAGCUCCAGCCCUGACCCCUUCCUCAGCGCCGGGCUCAGCGGCUCUGACUCUGGAGGAGGAGCUGCAGGAAGCGAUCCGGAGGGCGCAGUUGCUUCCGAACCGGGACAUCGAUGACAUCCUGGAGGAUCAGGUGCAGCCUGACGACCCCCUGCCCCCUAUUCCCCUGGACUUCCCUGGCUCCUUCGACGUGCUGUCCCCCUCCCCGGACUCUGAAGGCCUCUCAUCUGUUUUCUCCUCUUCACUCCCGUCUCCCACGAACUCCUCCUCCCCUUCUCCCAGGGACCCCACGGACUCCCUGGACUGGCUGGAGGCCCUGAGCGGGGGUCCUCCUCUGGGUUCUGGUCCCCCACCCCCCAGCAUCUUCUCCGCUGACUUAUCUGACUCCAGCAGCAGCCGGCUGUGGGACCUGCUGGAGGAUCCGUGGUGAUGGAUUCUGGGAUUUACAGAGACAGAGAACUGGUGGGGGUGGAGAGAAGCUCCUUGGGGGAGGAAAGGGAACUAUCAGCAGAGCCCCUCCUACCGCAGACACAGGAUCGGAGACAACCUCCAACCCCACCUGCCUCCUGAAGUGCUGCUGACAUGCAACUGCCUUAACUUUGCCUACCUAGCCUCCUUAUGAUCCCCCUCCGGGGUGGUAUGGUUGGGGGGCUUCUUUUGCUGCUGGCCACGGCAAACAAGCUGCUUGCUGCUUCCUUCA